GUCAACUGACGUCGAUGGGUUCAUAUCACAUCGUACUUUCAGUCAACAAAAAAAAACAAUGAUGUUUACAGUGUAAAGUUUUAUUAAUACAAGCUCAGGACGAUGAGCGAAGUGCUGUGCACGGGAAGGGAAGGUUGGGGGUUGGAACAGAGCGAAAGAUGAGGCCAAGCAGGAUGAGGAGGACGAAGAGCAGAGGAGAGAAUUGGCGCGAGUGUACGCGUAAAUUCGAGUGAGCGAGCGGUUGUGAUGCACACCGUGCAAUUACCGGGCGGCGAGUGUCGAGGAACCCUCUUUUAUAUUAAUAGUCGAGAUAGUAGUCGAGCGUGUAGCGCGAUAGGAGAGUGCCGAUCGAGGCGAAGAGGAGGGCAUCGUGGAGGGAACCGCGUACGCCGAUUGAGACGAGAGAGAGAACGAGAGAGAGAGAUGAGCGAAGAACGAGGGGGACCGGGACGGGACGAUGGCGAGAGAGAAGGUUCAAGGGGGACGUUCGAAACGAUAGAUAGGACCGUGGACGGACCCCUUGUAUCCACGAUUGCUUCAGUUUCACUUCGCGAUGGAGGCUACUUACUUCUUCUGGUGGUAGCUGCUGCCGGUUCAUUCUUCGCCGACAAAGAGCGAGCAAACGGAGAACGGAGGCGGACAGGGGUAGAAAAGGACACGAAGGAAACGAGGUACGGUCGGAGGUACAGUCGGGGUGGAAGGAAAGUGAAUAGCAGCGUAGUCGAGGAAAAGGGAAGAGGAAUUUGAAGCAGGCAAGGCGCAAGAGGGUUGAAACCGAUCGGGACAUCCGGAGAUGUGAACGCGCGAUGACGUUCGAGAUACCGUGCUGCAGGAUCGCGUCCCGAGGCGCGUCGAUCUCGAUCGCUCGUUGUGAAUUUGUGCAGUGACCGAGAAGUGUGCCGGUACCUUCCUCGACGAACCCUUUCGAGCACCGACGCGCGUAUGCCCGAACGGCGUUGCUCUCUCAUCGAUUCGGAUCAGUGGUGCUGUUCGUAGGAGUCCCUUGGAUCUUUCUCUGUUCCCUUCGAUCGGUAAGAUUUUCGAGGAGGCAUCCUCUGUUUGCGCCGGAUCGUCGGAGCGGCGUUGAAACGCGGAUAAAAGGUGGAGCGGUAGAAAGGAAGGGAGGUAGAAGAGGAGAGUAGAGGAGAGAUAGAGAUAGAUAGAUAGAGAGAGAUUUAUUCCGGAAGUUUGUGCUUGCGAGUUAAGUAGAACGAAACGCGAUGCGAGGGAGAGAGGUAGAGGGGCAGGCGAAUCGAUGUACGUUGCGAACGGAUCGUGAUUUUUCAUCGCGCUCACGUCCGAACAAUGAGAGAAACUGUAAGUAAUCACCGGCCGAUACAGAUGCGAAAUUAGCUUUUCGCUCAGACAAUCGGGUGGAAAAAUUUGCUCGUCGACGAGCUCCUGUCGAGCGCGUCGUAAAUCGAAUUGUUUAAUUAUCCGGAAUCCGAGAAACGCAGUCAUAUAACAUAACGCGCGAGACGUCGCAUUAUCUUGUCGUUGAAAGAUCUUUGCUCGUAGAUUCGACGUAAAAAUACGAUGUUUACGGAUUCAGUUCUCUCGCAAGGCACGCACGUAUGGAAAUUUCUAAUGCGCUGCGAGGGGAAUGAAACGAGCGAGGAACAGGUGAAGAACCCGACGACCGUCUUUGCAUCGCGUUUACGCGUUGGAAAAUGCGAAAAGUAAGACGACGGCGGCGCAGCGGGGCGAUUCGCGAGAAAAGAUCAGGUCCGCGUUGUCGGAUUGCGUAACGAGGUUCGAUCGUGAAUCGAAAAUCUGGUCCGAGCCGAUCGCAACGGCCACGUCGAUCGCGAAAAGGGGAAAAGGGCCGAAGCGGUCGCAGGGGCGGAGGGGAAAGAGCAGCGGGCUGAAGCGAUGGCCCGAAUAAGAGGAAGCGGCCGCGAACGGGUACGAGACGACGGCGUGCGAAGCGGGAUGACGUUGUUUGCAGUCGUGACGUCACUCGCAAUUGUAGAGAGCAACGAGAGGCUCGAGGAUGCAGCCGUGUGCGUCACGUGGACCUGAAUCCGGGUUCUGGCCGGAUCCACGGAGAUUCGAGAUCCGAGAUUCGAGAGCGGCUCAUCUAGGAGCUCGAUUCGAGGGCAAGCUGGAAUCGGAAACACGGUCGGCACGUUCCCGCGGAUGUCGUGACGAUUUCAAUUGAAGCUCGCGUUCGCUGGGAACGAAAACACUGGAGGAGUACGCGUACGUGGUCGUCGAGGACGUCCCUCGCUCGCGUCGUUUCCACCGAACGUUCGAAUUCGCGUAGCAGCCGGGGGGCGACGAGGACUCGGUGCCGCGGAGACCAGGGACGACGGGAGGAACCUCUACCUCGGCGAGCGCGCGCGCGCGCGCUCCACAUUUUUCGUCGCGUGUACGUUUCUACGCGUGCAUAGUCACAAAAUUGAAGUGCACAUUUCGUGCAGCUUCCGGCAGUAGCGCAGCGGCUGUGCGCCGUUUCCUUACGAUUCGCUAUCGCGCGGUGCGUUCGUCCAGCGACGAGAACCGCAUUCCGUUUUCGUUGCGACACGCAUGAUUCUCGUCCCGAACGAGACCCUUCGGAAAAAUCCAGACAGUCGCAACCGUUUCGCACCUCCUCUCUUCUCGUCUUUGUUCUUUUUCCGCUCUCUCUCUCUCUCUCCUUUUCUCUCCUCUUCUCGUCUCUAUCUGUUUUCGAUCGGAGGUACGAACGAUCGUAAACGUAAACGAUCGUGUCAGGUGGCGGGUGCAGGACGCAGGGUAGCGUGCAGCGAGCGGUACGCGCAGGGACGAAGAAGAGAAUCGAGUACACGGUGACGCUGCACGUCGGGGCGGCGACGGCCGCGGAGAGGCGGAGGGCACCGUCGAAGACGAUGCUCGGGAGGAUCGGAAGAGAGGAGGUGUUCUCCGGCAAUGGCUGAUCGCGGCCGGCGCUAUGCUCGCGGCAUAUAAGAACGCGCGAAGACGUGCGUUCGCCGCGCUUUACGCGAUCCCGAAUUCGAAGCAGCACGAACGUUCCGUGGUCACGACGCUUAUCUUCGCGGCGCUUGGAGCGAUCUCGUCAGACGGAAGGAGGACAGCGGAAUCGGAUUCGCGAUCCUAAUCACGUUGCGAUCCUCGCAGUGGUUCACCGGAGGCGUUCGACGGCGGCACGGUUUCGCGAAUGUGAUGCGCGGUUCCAGUGGUCGAUCGAGCAUCGUGAAUAAACGCGCGAGGAAACGAGAAUAGAAGAGAAGCAGUGCGACGAGUUGACGACCGGUGAGCGCGUCUCGAUUCCUAGGAGCAUCGCGCGAGGGAAACACGGCCGUGCUGCCGAUGGUCAUGCCGUGUGAUUCGAGCCGGUGCCUUCGUCGUCGUCGUCCUCGUCGCCGCGCAGCCGUCCAAUCCAGAAAGUCAAGAAUCGUGACGGAAGCGUCGUUGCUCGUGAAACGCGGUGAACCGACAGCAUUGGAAACAUGAGCUCGAUCGACUUCGACGAGGUGUUGGUGCACGUGGGCGAGAAGGGCAAAUAUCAGAACAUCAUGUACUAUCUCUUAUGCAUACCAGCCACUCUCCCGGCGGCUUUCUUAGCCUUCUCGCAAGUGUUCGUCAGCGCGUCCCCGGAUCACUGGUGCAGAGUCCCGGAGCUCGAGAAUCUCACGGACCUGAUGACUCUCGAGGAGAGGAAGGCGCUCUCGUUGCCGUACAUCAAGUCGGACGGAAAGGUGAAAAAGUACUCCAAGUGCAAGAUGUACGACGCGAAUUACACGGCGAUCGUGGAAUCGUGGUUAGAGCACGCGGUCCUCGAGGACCACCGGCCGGACGAAGAGGGUGAGCAUCGGUCGAGGACUCGGUUGACACCGCCGCCGGUCGGUGACCCCGAUUGGCCCGAGAUCCCCUGUCGACACGGAUGGAUCUACGACACCCGGGAUUACGACAGCACCCUGGUAACCGAGCUAGACUUGGUAUGCGACAACAGCUGGUGGCCUUCGACUUCGACGACCUUCUUCUACGUCGGCAGCUUGUUUGGCAACGUGGUGUUCGGCUGGAUCGCCGACAAAUGGGGCAGGAGGACCGCGUUCUUCGCCAUACUGUUCCUCGAGGUGAUAUUCUCGAUCGCUACCAGCUUCAGCCCCAACUACGUGAUUUACACCGCGCUGAGGACCGUCAACGGUCUCUUCUUUCCAGCUAUCUAUCAGAUACCCUUCAUACUAGCUCUGGAGAUGAUGGGCCCGAGGUACAGAACGUUCGCGGGAAUGGUGAUUUGCAUGUUUUUCGCAUCGGCGAUGUCUCUCCUGGCCUUGCUGGGCUAUUUACUUAGACACUGGUACACCCUCUCGUUGGCCACCUCGGUUCCGUUCGUCCUCCUCUUCAGCUACUAUUGGAUCAUCCCGGAAUCGCCGCGAUGGCUACUCAGCAAAAACAGGAUAGACGAGGCGGAAGUGAUCGUUCAGCGGAUGGCUAAAAUCAACGGCAGGACAGUGCCGAAUAAUUUUCUCCGUAAAAUGGAGGCGGAGAUUCUGCGAAGGCAGGGAGUCUCCUGUAAUGGAACCAACUCGAGCGAGAAUGCGGAGACAACCGACGUGGAGAAUCGGGCGCCACCGCCGGCGGCCACGCCGAUGGAUCUGGUCCGUAAUCCGAACAUCAGGAAGAAGUUCUUCAUCCUAGCGUUUGACUGGGUCGCGAACGCGGUCGUCUACAACGGACUAUCCUACAACGCGACGAACCUCGGCGUCUCCGAUUACCUAGCCUUCUUCAUCGGUGGUCUCGUCGAGAUCCCGUCGUACGUGAUCACAUGGUACGCCAUGGACCGAUUGGGACGUAGAUGGGUCCUGUGUCUGACCAUGCUUCUGGGUGGUGUCGCCUGCGUCUCCUGCAUGUUCGUGCCCGAAGACGCCGUAUGGGUGACGGUGUCCCUGGCGAUGAUCGGUAAGUUCGGUAUCGCCGCCUCGUUCGCGGUGUUCUACGUGUUCGUCGGGGAACUGCUGCCGACGGUGCUGAGGUCGCAGGCCAUGGGAAUCGCCUCGUUCAUCGCGGGCAUCGGUCUGCUCGCUUUCCCGUACAUCGUCCACCUGGCCGUGUACUCGAGGGUCUUGCCGCUGAUCAUAAUGGGCACUCUGAGCGUCGCCGGCGCUCUCACGUCCAUCUUCCUGCCGGAGACUCUCAACAUCCAUUUGCCGCAGACGAUCGAGGAGGGCGAGAUGUUCGGGGCAGAUUUCAAGCUCUGGUCCUGCCCGAUCUUACCGAAGAAGGGAAAUUCGGAUUCGGACGACAAGUCGGACUCCGUGCCAUUGAGGUAUCUCGUGAACGGCCGGCCGGGAAACCGUCCGUCGUCGAUGGCGCAGGAGGAGCCGUCGGCUUCGGCGGAUCGAGAACCGGACAAUAACUCGCGGUCCCACGCAGUUCAGUGUUCGAGCACGAUCGACGGCAAGGCGGAGCAGGCGGGCUGUUCCGGGAAGUUCGACGUGUCGGUCGUCGUCGAACGAAGAAAGACCCAGUGAAUCGUGCUCUCCGCUGCCAAUUUUU